GGGACGCUUCUGGUCGUUGUCAGCAUCCACCCAGCAACCAGGAAGCACGGGGGAAAAAAAACAUCUGAAAGACGAAAACAAACAUCUUUUAUGACACUAUUAUUAGUGCAUGUAAACGGAACACGGCACCAAUACUGUUCGUCCUCAAUUAACUGGCGUGGUGAUUAUCGUGUGUUUCCAACUUGCCAUGUAUCUCGGAGACGGACUGCUUUUUGAACUUCAUAAUGGAAAACCCAAGUUGAUUAUGGUCAACCCCGGCGUCGAGAGGAAUCUUUUCAAGAAUUCCUUCACGCCUCACCAAACCUACAUCCUCAACAGCAGGCAGCCGCCCUGUGCGGAGAAAGUGCAGCACUCGAAGGCUCCCAGAGGUGCCAAGGCACUGGCGGCAGGGAGCGAAACCUUUAAGUCCAUCGGGGCAGCGGACAAAACGCGAGCCAGUCAGAUGGCCUCCAAAACACGAGAGCGUCGUGCGGCGGCCACCAGAGUGGAAACUGCACCCAAGGUGACGUCCGAGUUUCGGAAAAGCUGCUCUACCUCAGCCAAAGGAAUAGCCGCACAGUCUGAAAGAUGGGCUGAGACGUCCAACAUCAAGUUGAAACCAAAGGACGAGAAAGGGCCGAAAGAGGUAGCGGCAGGUUUGAGCAGUCUCAGUGAUGUCCAGCCCUCCAGCUACGACCAAUCCGCUGCAGAGGAGCACAGAGUGUCCAGUCAGCAUGUAGAGGACGAAGUGGAAGGGCGAAAGAUGGCCGACGACAGAGUAGGAUGUGGUGAAACCACAAGUGGAAAGUCACCACCUAACGAAAAGAGGUCUCAUGGAGUUCUGUUUGGCUGGCUGGAGCAGUGCGACACUAACAGAGCAUCAGUGGAAGCCAAGAAGACCCAGUGGAGGCAACAACUGAACGAGCAGGUUGCCCUGAAGCAGCCGCAGCAACAACAAUGUUGUUCAACCUCACUCAGGCUCCAGGCAGAGGAAGCAGGAAGCGCAUCUUCAGUUCAGCUGGAGGGUGGCCACAGAGAGCAGCCGGCAGCCAUCAGGUCAAGCCUUAGACUCGGGGCGGUGACUCCGAUGGAGGAGGCUUCGGUGUGGCAGAGGAGAGAGGAGCAGAGGAGGCUUUGGCUGGAGGGUCUGGACAAACAGAGGGAUGAGAUCAGUCAGCGGAGGAAGCGAGAGAAAAUGCUUCUCAAUCAGAAAGAAAAUCACGAGCUGUGGGCGGCCCACUUUGACUCAUUGCAGCGCAAACCUCCUGCAGUGACUCUCGCCCCACCCGCGGCCCCUCCCGCGGCCCCACCCGCGGCCCCAACCUUGGCCCCCUCUGGCGACCGGGAGGCAUCGUCCAGCCUGUCCCUGACGUGGGACGCCUCCAGCAGCUGCGGAGGAGCAGAGAGUGCAGGCCGAGCCAGCGUGGACGCCGGCAGCAGCGACCACCCCACCAAGAGCAGCUAUCUUCGGAGCAUGACGGCCCUGCUGGACCCCGUCCAGAUGGAGGAGCGCGAGAGGAGGAGGCUCAAGCAGCUGGAGCAGCAGAGAGACAUCCAAACUCAGGUGGAGGAGCGCCGGCGGCAGAAGCAGGAAGAAGAGGCCAGGAGGAAAAAGGAGGAGGAAGAGGAGGAGAGGAGAAUCACGCUGGAGAGGGACCGGCUGUACAGGAGGCACCAGCAGGAGGACCUCAAGCAUCAGGAGAAACGCGAGGAGAAAAAGCAACCAAAGAUGCAAGAUGGUGAUGCCGGAGAAGUGAAGGAGCCAACGGAUGUGCGCACGCACCUGGUCCAAUCAAGUGUGGAGGACAAGAGAGACACGGCCGUGCAGACGGAAGUGGCCCUUCCGCCCGUCAGAGCAGAGUGCCCCCCACCUCGCAGCCGCCAGGACAGAGCAGGAAAGGAAAACGCCGGAGGAGGAAAAGGAGGCGGGGCCUACGAGACGAGGAAAGAGACGAGGAGGCCGGAGUGGAACACACACAGGCCGAGUCGACGCUUCGUUCCCGCAUCGGAGCGUUACCCGGCCACGCUGCAAAGGAGCAGGCGGGAGAGUCGACUCAAGAGGCAGGAGGAGAUCCUCAGUUUGCAGCACAGGAACUGCCUCCCAGCAAGUCGGCCCCCGAGCCACAAGGUGGAUGCUGAUCGUACGAGCGUUUCCGCUCUAAGAGGGCGCUCUCCUCCCAUCACGCAACCUUCCUUGCAGUUCAUCCCAUAUAUCCGCACCGAUGAUGUCAUCCACUUGGACUCCACUGAGACGUCUGCCGCCCCCCCUCCUCACACCCACACAGCGCCAAGCUGGGCAGCUCCUCCUGACGCCUCCUCGUGCUCUUCCUCCCCUGGAGAUCUUCUUGUCCUGCGUGGCAAACAGCGACAGCAGGAAAUCCUCAGAGGCCUGACGCAACUACGACAGGGUUUGCUUCAGAAGCAGAAGGAGCUGGAGAGUGAGGUUCGACGUCAUGGCAACGAGCUAUUGUCUCCCUCCGAAUGUUAGACGGACGGGCACAACAUUACCUCGGGAUCACGUUUUACCUCCUACGUUUCAAGUCCGGCAGUGGUCGGUGGCCAACACCAACCGACGUGUUUCAGAGUCGCCCACCACUGAUGAGGCAACAAUGCAGUUUGCUGGGUUCUGCGUAAAAGGCCCAACGUCAAUAAAUGGCAUCUUUGCAAGAUGAGUGAAAAGGGCACUGCUCUGUCUCACAUUGUUUUAAAUUGCAUUUUCUUGUAUAUAAAAGUUUAGAAGCAAA